CUUUGUCGUAACAUCCUGUUCCACCAGCCUCCCCCUCCUGACAAGUGGAAUGCUACCGAUAGCAAAGACGUUGGACGAAGUUUACGUGUACUUUUACGAAGAAUAGGACCAGCGGCAACUCGGUCACGUGUGUCUACCAGGUUAUGGCUGCUGUCGAUUGUGCUCCGCCUGCGCCCCCCAACAAAGGCAGCCUGAAAGAAGACCUGACAUGUGUCAUCUGCUGCGACCUCUUCCGCGAGCCCGUCAUGCUGGCCUGCAUGCACCACUUCUGCAAGUCGUGCAUAUCCAGGUACUGGCGCGGAGCCCAAGGGCCCGUGACGUGUCCGCAGUGCCGGAAGGUUUUCAGGACCAAGCAGUUUCACACCAACUAUAUUGUGACCGCCAUGGUGGAGAAGAUAAGGACCACCACAUCUGACACCUACAUGAAAAAUCUGGAGAAACAACUGAAAGAAGACUUGAAAAAUCAUCUACUGAGAAAGCAGGAUUUUAUCAACACGAUUCAGAGAAACAAAGAGAAGAUGGAAGCCAUAAAGAGAGUGGGCGCAGAGCUUCAGGCUCACGUCUCCGGGGAGUUCCGAGGCCUUCACCAGAUCCUGCGGGAGGAGGAGUCCAGGAUGUUGGAGCAGCUUCAGAGCGAGCAGGAAGAGGAGCUGGAGAAGGUCCGUGGCCACAUCGAGGCAGUCCAGAGGGCCGUGACAGAGUUGGAGGAGAACAUAGCGGAGCUGGAACAGACCUGUGCUGCAGCGAAAAAUUCAGUUCUGAUCGAGCUCCCACAGCAAAGAAGCUGUUCACAGGUGGCUGCUCCUCCAGAGUUCGACCCAAAUUCCUUGGUCAACAAGUUUGCAGCUCCGAUACAGUACAUAGCGUGGAGGAAGAUGUUCAAGUCCUUGAGGCCAGGUCCGUCUCCACUGACCUUCGAUGCUGACACCGCUCACCCCAGUAUUUUUGUCUCAAGAGAUAAAAAGCUUGCGGUCGAGUGCGAAGGAACAGUGGUCCACAAAGACGACGGCAAGCGCUUCCUCCAGUGCGUCAACGUUCUGGCCGCUCAGGGAUUCCAGUCCGGCCGGCACUACUGGGAGGUGGAGGUGGGCCGGAAACACAAGUGGGACCUGGGCGUGGCCUCGGAGUCGGUGGACAGACGAGCCCGGAUCAAGCUCAGCCCCGAAAGCGGCUACUGGACGCUGCGACUGCGGAACAAAAACGAGUACUCGGCCGGCACCCAGCCGUGGACCCGGCUGCAGCUGGCCUCCUGCCCGAAGAGGAUCGGCGUUUUCCUGGACUGCGACAGGAGGCGCGUGUGCUUCUACAAUGCUGACGACAUGAGUUUGCUGUACUGCUUCAGCGACGGCCCCAGAGAGAAGGCCAUGCCCUUCUUCAGUCCCUGCAUCAGUGGCAGCGGGCAGAAGUCGCAGCCCAUCCAGCUGCUCCACUAUCCUCCAGUCGCUCUGUCCGAGUGAAGCGCCGGCAACACUUGGUGAGAGGGGGGGAGAUGAGCCGCCUCUCGGAUUUAUAUCUGCACUUUAGCUCAGUUCAUUCAGAUAAAAAAACCUACCUGCUUUCAGCACUAGUGGGUCAAAUCUGAUUACAUUCAUUGUGGCACUCUUUGGUGACGCGACUCUGAGAUGAAUCUAUUUAGUUCUAGUUCUGCACACGCUCGGAUGAAUCCAUCAAUAACUGACACCUUGUUUGCAUGCGUAGUCUGUAAAGGAAGUGGGAUCAAUGAAACAGUACUGAGACGCGCUGAUGCGAUGACCAAAAUAAAGCUGGAUCCAAAGCUGCCUCAUUCUUCUCUCCAGCUGUGCCAUCGAACGUUUACAGGACCUCACUUGACACCAUCAAGGAUGUUAUUAAGCCUCAUCAAAGAGGAGCGUGCCGAUGUGCCGUGAGCCGGCAAAAUCACGGCACACGGCGGCGAGCACAUCUGGACUGGAAGAGGCAGCCCACUCGCUAUCUUCCCGAACACACCGCAGGGCAGGCGUCCUGUUUCCUCCCGCCGGGUCGGAGGUCGGAUAAACAGAGCGACAGCGGUGAUGCGGCCCGUCGAGGCAGGACGACCUCUGCUGAUGGAAGAGUGGCACAAUGAGCUGCGCCGAGGAAGGCGACAUGUUUUUCAUUAUGGAGGUCACAGGCGUCUCAUCAUCACGUUUCUCUGUCGCCCUCCAAGACUUUUUAUCACAGUUUCAUUCAAUUUUCUUUAAUAGAAAUCCACGAUAAAUUGAUGAAAUGCUCCGGCAACUCUUCAGCUCAAGAAUUAAGUGGCGCAAAAUGGACUGAAAUACCAGUGGAAUAUUUGCUUCUGUGUGAAUACACUUUCCCCAAACAACUGGUGACGGCCAUUAAUACUGUGAUCAGGCAUGACUCACUUAAUGCCACUUGAAAUAUACGACACAAAAUAUGCAGCAAAAGCCUGUUCAAGCCUUUUCAUUAACUGACACUGAACAGAGAAAAUCGGCUGUCAAUCAUAUAUAAUGGAGUUUGUCUGCAAAAAUUAUUUUCCUUAUUAUAGACCUUAUUUUUGUGUUACAUUUUCAGACGACAUGUGACUUGAUGAAUGA